CCUACCCACACGAGAACAUGCCUCUCGCAAAGGAUCUCCUUCAUCCCUCUGCAGAAGAGAAGAUGAAACACAAGAAGAAACGCCUGGUGCAGAGCCCCAAUUCCUACCUCAUGGAUGUGAAAUGCCCAGGAUGCUAUAAAAUCAUCAUCGUCUUUAGCCAUGCACAAAUGGUAGUUUUGUGUGUUGGCGGCUCCACUGUCCUAUGCCAGCCUACAGGAGGAAAAGCAAGGCUUACAGAAGGAUGUUCCUUCAGGAGGAAGCAGCACUAAAAGCACUCUGAAUCAGGAUGAGUGGGAAACCAUCUCAAUA